AUGCUUCUUCUUCCUUUUCCUCCCACUCCUCAAGCAGCUUUGGGCAGAAGGGGUACCGGUCUAAUUUUCGUGCCCGACAGAACAAGCAGGACAAGCCUUCUUGGUCCAGACCCCAGGGCUUCUCCAGAGACCAGCCUCAAGGGAAGUUCCAGCAUUCAGGCCAGUAUGCGAAGUCUGGGUUCAAAUGCCCCUCUCCACAAUGACUCCGUGCUGGAGCAGCAGGUGGGCGGCCGGCUGGCAUUCUUUGCCCACCAGUGGACCCGGACGUCCACAGAUGCCUGGGUUCAGCGCAUAGUUUCCCAGGGAUACAGCCUGGAGUUCCUAUCCCGGCCCCCGGACCGGUUCCUCUCCUCUCCGCUAUCCCGCAACAUACGCAAGCAGGCCCUGAUGCUCAAGGCAAUUCGCCACCUGCUCGACAUCAGGGCAAUCGAGCUGGUCCCCCCAGAGGAGGCGGGACAUGGAGUUUAUUCUAUACUAUUUUUGGUUCCAAAAAAGACCACAGAAUGGAGGGCCAUUUUGGACUUAAAGUUUGUCAAUUGCUUCCUCAAGGGGAGGCAUUUUCGGAUGGAAACCCUGAGGUCCAUCCUCAUGGCCCUCCAGGAAGGGGACUACUUGGCCUCCAUAGACCUCAAGGAGGCCUACCUCCAUGUUCCCAUUCACCCUCUGGACAGGAGGUUUCUGCGGUUUGCGUAUGCAGGGGUCCAUUACCAGUACCGGGCGCUCCCCUUCGGUCUCUCGACUGCGCCGCGAGUGUUCACCAAGAUUAUGGUGGCACUCGUGGCGCACUUGAGGACCAGGGGGAUACAUCUUUACCCUUUUCUGGACGAUCUUUUAAUAAGGUCGCCAUCUUGGGACAAAGGGCUUCUGGACAUCAGGGAGACCCUAGCGGUCUUAGCCAGUCAUGGGUUUCUAGUGAACCGCAAAAAGAGUUCCCUGGUCCCCAGCAAUGUGAUUCAACAUUUGGGGACGAUAAUAGACGUCUCGGGGGACGGUCCAUCUCACCGACGAAAGGAGACAAAAGUUGCUUGCCACUUGCUGCAAGCUGCGGGGUCAAACUCAGGCACAAAUUCUGUAUCUCUCCCACUUACAGGGCCUGAUGGCUUCCACGAUCGGGAUUGUGCCCUGGGCGCGUUUUUAUUCUCGUCCUCUACAGUGGCUCCUCCUACCCCUUCAGGAACUCAUCACGAGCAGGUCGAGACUCAAGGUGUCCCUGACUUCUCGCGUUCAUCUGUCCCUCAGGUGGUGGAUGUCCCGGGCUCUCCGCAGGGGGGUGAGUUUCCUGCCGGUCGACCGGGUCAUGGUGACGACCGACGCAAGUCUCUCAGGAUGGGGAGGUCACUGCGGCCCUCAGGUGGCUCAGGGUCCGUGGUCAGACGUAGAGCGUUGCCAAUCCAUCAAUUGGUUGGAGCUCCGGGCGAUUCGGCUAGUCCUGGCUCGAUUCCUUCCCGAGAUUCGGGGUCGGCACGUGCUCGUGCGCACCGACAAUGCCACCGCCAAGGCACAUCUCAAUCGUCAGGGGGAAACAAGGUCUUGGCCCUUAAUGUGCGAAGCCGAGACUCUGUUGCACUGGGCAGAAAAGAACCUGGCCUCAUUGGAGGCCGAUCAUAUCAGUGGGGUGGACAACUCGGUGGCAGACUGGCUAAGCCGGUCUCAGCUGGAUCAGGGGGAAUGGAUCCUGGACGAUCGAGUGUUCAGGGAGAUUGUCCUCCGGUUCGGGGUUCCCCUAGUCGACCUCUUUGCACUUCCAGUCAACUCCAAGGUGCCCAGAUUUUUCUCCAGGUUUCCAUCUCCGGGGGCAGAGGCGGUGGAUGCUCUGAUGUCCCCCUGGCCGCAGGGUCUGCUCUAUGCUUUCCCACCCUUUGCGGUGUUAUCCCGGACGGUGCGGAGGAUCAGAUACCAGAAAGCAGAAGUCAUCCUUGUGGCUCCGCAUUGGCCACGGCGGCCGUGGUUUUCGGACCUGGUCGCCCUCUCGAUAGAACCCCCUCUACCUCUGGGAACUCGAGCGCAUCUUCUCCACCAGGGUUCUGUCCUUCAUCCAAACCCAGCGUGGCUCAAUCUUCACGCUUGGAGAUUGAGCGGGACUCUCUAGCGCGUUGUGGAUACCCCGUUGCGGUCCAGGAUACUAUCUUGGCCUCGAGGCGGCCGUCCACGGCUCGUAUAUACCAGUCCACCUGGCAAGCCUAUACUCAGUGGUGUCUCGCCUCUGGGGGGGACCCUCUGGCGCCUUCGGCAACGCAGGUCUUAGGCUUCUUGCAGAUGGGUCUAGAUAAGGGCCUCCGUCCCAACACUCUGCGUCGCCAGGUGUUCGCUAUUUCGUCUGUGCUAGGGGUUCCAGGAGUCCCUUCCGUGGCUGCACAUCCCCAUGUACAGCGUUUCCUGAAGGGAGCAGCUGCCUUAAAGCCCCCUCCCAUCCAUCGUUUUCCCACGUGGGAUCUCAAUUUAGUUCUCGGGCCCUCUCAAAGGCACCAUUCGAACCUUUGCGCGCUGUUCCUCUACGGAUUCUAACCUUGAAAGUUUUGUUCUUGAUAGCCAUCACGUCAGCCCGUCGGGUCUCCGAUUUGGGUGCCUUGUCUGUCAGGAAGGAGCUGUGCCUGGUUUUUCCUGACUAUGUGAUUCUUCGCACUGACCCCACUUACCUUCCCAAGGUGAACUCCAUCUUUCACAGGGCGCAGGAGCAGAUGCUCCCCUCCUUUUGUCCUAAUCCUUCCUCCCCAAAGGAGAGGGAAUGGCACAAAUUGGACGUCCGUCAUGCGAUCCGUAUUUACUUGAGGCGGACUAAAUCUUUCAGGGUCUCCGAAUCCUUUUUUGUGUCCUUUCGUGCCAGUUUUAUGGGUAGGAAGGUCUCUGUCUCCUCCCUGGCACGCUGGAUCUGCCAAACUAUCCAGCUGGCCUACGCCGCGGCAGGAGAGACUGUGCCUGAGGGUAUUACCGCUCACUCCACCCGGAGCGCAGCAGCCUCUGCGGCCUUGUCUACCUUGGACCCCUUAGCUGAUAUUUGUAGAGCUGCCACUUGGGCGUCCCUUUCUACCUUCGUUAAUCACUAUAAGAUACACGAUUGGGCCUCUGCAGAUGCAUCCUUUGGCCGACGUGUAUUGCAGAGGGUGGUCCCUACUUAGGAUCAGACCUUCUGGUGUGUGCCCUCCCGAUUUGGGUUAUAGCUUGGGUAUGUCCCAUGUUCCUCAGAUACAAUCCUCGUCUGAGGGAGAAUGAAUCGUUGGCACUUACCUGAAUGGUCAUUCUCCUCAGACGUAUGGAUUGUAUCCGACCCACCCAAUUGUGUGUCUGAUCCUGUUCCCCUCUGAUUGUCCUUCUUCUACUGUACCCUAUAUUACUGUGGGGUGGUGUUUUCCUCCUCUGUUCUGCGGUUUAAUUGAGGGGGUGUUUCAGUGUUAGGCUUGGGCCAGGCAUCCUUGUCAGUUGCUUCUUUGGGCACCUUGCCUUACUUUAGUUUUCUACAGUGUUUAUUCUAGUUUGCCUUUUUUGGAGCUUCGAAGCGCUUUGUUAAUGACUGAAGAGGCGAGGGGGUUGUCCCUCCCUCCUGCUAUCAAGAUCUUUUCUGAUUGGCCCUGUCUCGGAGCAGUAGGUGGUGACAACCCAUGUUCCUCGGAUACAAUCCAUACGUCUGAGGAGAAUGACCAUUCAGAGCAUUUGGAUGGGACUGUAUAAAAAUGAAAUACAUACAUACAUAAAUAGCUACAAGCAGCAAGCAUCAAAUUAAGAACUGAACACAACACAAUCAAUUAAGAGGUUCACCCUACCACCAGCUCUGCCAGACAAGAGCAAAUACAUUCUGGUCAACUAGAAGCAAAAUUUGUGGUCCAAAGGUAGGCAUAUCAUUACUUUGAAUGUCAGGAUCUAUACCUGAAAGCACAACUUAUAUAAACACAGAUUCAGCAGCUCAGAGGGUGCAGAACUGAAGUCAAAUGUUAUAAGCAAAAAUACUUUUAAGGCAAAAUGGGAUUUACUUCUAAGCAAGUAGAGAUGAGAGCCAGCACAAUAUAGUGGUUAGAGUGUUGGACUAGGACCAGUGAGACCCAAGUUCAAAUCCCCAUUCAUCCAUGAAACUCACUGGGUGACUCUGGGUCAGUCACUUCUCUCUCAGCUAGCUUAUCUCAGAGAGUUGUUGUGAGGAUUAAUAUAAACCAUGUACACCACUCUGGGCUCGUCAGAGGAAAAGCGGGAUACAAGUGUAAAAAUAAAUGAAUAAAGUACAUAGGACUUGCGCUUCAUGUUCCAAAUUUCCACACACAAACUCAACUAGAAAUAGAUGGGCUUUCCCAAGGAUAGAUGCAAGGGAAAUCAGGAGCCAUUUGUAGAGAUCCUUCUCCCACCCACAAAGAAGUUUCAAAAAGCAGGACUGUGCUUUUUGGUCAAUGUGGCAGGACACACAUACUAUGCAGUCUCUGCUCUCUUGAGUUUCAUAUUAACUUGGCAUAGAUGUGUUCUAUUAAUGAACCUAAGGUUGGUAUGGGCUCAUGUGCUCCCCCUGCUCUCUCAUGCAUGAGAGGAGAGCAAAAGCAUUCACUUCCAUUUUAAAACAAAUUGCAGUUCCAUGUUUCAUAUGAACUGGAGGAGGAAUUGUAACUUGUUAACUAAGUACAGAUAAUUAACCACGGUUUGAUCCUGGUUUGGAUAUCCUAAACAACAGUUCCUCAGAUUCAUACUUAAUACAGAAUCAGAGUUUUGUUUUAAAAAGUCAAAACAAAAUUGCUUGACUCUCCUCUCCGGUGCAAGGAGGAGAGUAAAACAGGGCAUCAUGGCUCCUUCAGGUUCAUUCACACAGCAUUAAUCCAUGGUUUAGUGUUACAUCUGAACAAGGCCAAUAUACAACAGAAAUACAUGAUCAUGAAUUUCUGGAACCAUUUUAAACACAUUUUCUCACUUGAUUCCUUUUGCACUAAAGCACAAAAGACUAAGUACCGUAAUUUGAAGUAGUAGUAAUUUGAAUUAGAAGCUUUCUUCAAUGGAAAAUAAGGUCCUUAACUUAGGACUAUCUUUUGUUCUGUUGUCCUUUCAUGAUGAAUUCAAAUUAGAAGUGGACUUAUUUAAACUUGAGAGACUUAUCAAAUUACGGAUUAUGUUUGGAGACACCCAGGAAUCUGAUCCAGAUAGAUUUAGACCUAAAUCCCAUUUUGUUCCUUAUAUUGAACAUCCCGCUGUUACGGUUUUUAUGAAUGAAGUUAAAAAAGAUCUACACAAAUUGGAAAAGCAAUAUAAACAAAAAAAAUUUAAACAUGGCAAUUUAACAAGGGAAGAAUGGGAGGCCAUCAAGGCCUUGUCUAAUGAUGAUAAUAUAGUUAUCAAACCUGCAGAUAAAGGUGGGGCUUUGGUUAUUCAGGAUCGGGAAAAGUAUGAUCUAGAAAUUAAUACCCAAUUAGCGGAUCGGAAUACAUAUGUCCCUAUUGAUUAUGAUCCUACUUUGAAAGUUCAAAAACUCAUUAAAAUUGUGGUCCAGGAAGCCCUUAUGAUGGGUGUGAUUUCUGAAAAAUUGGCUGACUUUUUGGUCAAUAAAUAUCCUAGAGUUCCGAUUUUUUACACCCUCCCCAAGAUUCACAAGAACUUACUUCAUCCACCUGGCUGACCUAUAGUUUCUGGUUCUAACUCUGUUUUUGAACCUAUAUCGUCGUACAUUGAAUAUUUUUUGAAACCUUCGGUUCUUCAAACACAAACAUAUAUUAAAGACACUCGGGAUUUCAUUACUAAGGCAGAAGGUAUGCUGGUUCCUAAGAAUUCUAUAUUAGUCACCUUGGAUGUGAAUUCAUUAUAUACCAAUAUACCUUUAGAGGAGGCACGUUUGGUCAUUCAAGAAGUUUUGGACAAUAGAUUAGAUCGGGAUCCCCCUUCCUAUUUUCUAAUGGAAUUUGUUGAUAUUAUUUUUGAACAUAGUUAUUUUCAUUUUAAAUCCCAAUUUUAUUUACAAAUAAAGGGUAUAGCUAUGGGAAACAAAAUUGCCCCUAAUUUAGCUAAUUUGUUUAUGUCAAAUUUGGAGGAUAACAUCAUAUUAAAUCCACUCUCCAAUCCGUUUUUUGAAGAAAUCUUUUUCUUUAAAAGAUAUAUGGAUGAUAUUUUCUUGAUUUUUAGAAAUGUGGAUAAAUUUCAGAGAUUUGAUGAAUGGCUAAAUACCAUACACCCUACUAUUAAAUUCACUAGUCAAGUACAUCAUAGUACCAUCCCUUUUCUUGACACUAGGGUGAAUAUUAGUGAGUCAAAUAGAGUUUUCUUUACAUUAUACACUAAACCUACAGAUAGAAAUUUUUUUUACAUUAUUCUUCUUUUCAUCCUUUUCAAUGAAAAAAUUCUUUACCAUAUAGCCAAUUUUUGCGGCUCAAAAGAAAUUCUUCACAUUCCAGAGAUUUUGAAGUAGCAGCUGAGAAACUGAGUUCUCAAUUAAGGGAAAGGGGCUACCCCAUUCAUGUUAUACAUAAAGCCAGACGUAGGACACAGACCUACGAUAGAUCAUCUUUAUUGAGGGCAGUUUCACAUAAUGAUAGGAAACAAUCACGAAUCACAUGGUCGAUGCAAUAUUCCUCUUUGAGCUAUACAAUUAAAAAUAUCAUCAGGCGACAUUGGAGAUUGGUAUCAGACUUACCAGGCUGUACUAACUUCCCACUAAUAGCCUUUAGUAAAAGUUUCAGUUUUAAAGACUUUUUGGUUAGAGCAGAUCAUCCAACUCGGAAGGAAGAAGUGGAACCUAAAGGCUUUUUAAAAUGUGGUCAUUAUGUAGCAUGCCCUAUGGCAUUGCAAACUACUGAAUAUAAGGAUGACCAUGGUAAAAAAUACAGAUUGGACUUUUUUGCCAAUUGUUCCACUAAGAACAUUGUAUAUAUAAUACAAUGUCCAUGUUCCUUGAGAUAUGUAGGUAUGUCAACUAGAACAGUUCGAUCUCGGAUUUUAGAACAUCGCUCUCGCAUCAGGAACCAUAACUUGGAGUGCCCUAUGGUGGAUCACUUUAUGCAGGCAGGACAUUCAUUUAAUGAUUUUCAAUUUUUUGUUAUUUAUAAAUAUAAACCAAAAGAAUUUUCCUAUGUCAAUAUUAAAACUGUCGUCCUACAGAAGGAGGCAUUUUUUGUACAUCAGCUUUGGACCUUAGAACCUCUGGGCCUUAAUCAUAUGAAUGAUUUUUCCAGUUAUUUAUAGUUAUAAAGAUACCAUCUUAUUUUGGGCCCCCUCCUUUUGGAGAUUUAUAUGUGGAUUGCUAACUAUUGGGGUUUGAUUUAACUAUAUACUUCAUUGGUGGUGUUCUCCUUUAAAUAACAAGAAAUUUAGGUCUCUCUUUGUUAACAGAAUGUAUUUUACCACAUUGAUAUAGCUUUGUUAUACUUUUAAUUGAAUUAUACUUUGGUUCCACAUUAUAAAUUGUUUAAUAGAGUACCUAAAUGGGAUCUAAUGUUUCGUAGCUUUCUUUGAGAAGCUAAUAUACUCAUUACCUUUUACACACGCAUCAAAAAUAAUUGGUGGUUAGACAAAAUUAGAUAAUGAAGCACAAUCCCCGUUUUGAUUAAAGGGGAGUAAAAACACCUGGCAGACGCUGUAAGAUAUAUAAAGGUAUUGUCAGCACCAUAAAUCUAGUACUAAUUGGUAUCCAGUAGGACUUCUGAAUUCAGAAACCACUGGGUAGUGCAGUGUCACUAUUGGAAGAAAAUAAAUGUGAGUAAGUACUAUAUGAUUUGUUCUACCCCUUAAGUUAAUAUAACUUGUUAAAAGUACUUUGUAUUGAUGUAUGUGUUGUUAUACAUUCAGCUUUCUCCUAAUGAAGUCCUGCCUUAGCAGGAGGAAACAGGGCUACAUUACCUAGGAUACCUGUUGGGCUACCACCCUUUGGACAAGAUAUAUCCAGGGUAUAUAUUUUCCAGACAAGACAAAUUCAUCUAAGGAGUAUAUCUAUACAAGGAGCUGGUCAGGAUCCAAGUUUUGGAAGAAGUAUGAGCUACAUUUGGAGCCACAGCUUGAAUAUUUAACCAGCAUAUCCUUUUGGAAGUACCUUUUACCUUUCAUUAUCAGGACAGUGGACAGAUUCACUUUCCAUUCUUCUUUUCUGGAUUUUUUUUGUUUAUUUCUUCCAUUGUUGCUUCAUUGUAUGUAUGUACAUUAUUCUCUUUUCAUGUAUACUAUGUGUGUAAAUAGAUUCAUACACGGUUA